AGCUGUUCAUCAGUGAAGCAUCGUUUUAAUAUUUCUUAAUUAUUUUUUUAUUUUUUGUGCAUUAAUAAUUGUUGACUAAUAAUGGGAAAGAGUCCUUCUGUUGCCAUUUUGGCCAUGGGAUUGGCUUUCUGUGCUUUUUGUCACUUUUUCGACACCUGCAAUGCAGACCUUGUUAGUGACUUGAGAAAAGGAAUAGAAAGCUUGUCGAAAGCCAUGGAAAAGUACACAGCCGAAUUAACCAUCAAGGAGAAGUUUGUGAAGCUGCAGGAGUUCAUCGAUAUUGUUGAUAAUGGCAUGCUGGACUACCAGGGAAAGGCCAAGGACAAGCUGCCCCAGGUUCGCUCCUUGAACACCGACGCCCGAUUCACCUACCAAGCCUAUGUGGCUUCCGUCUUCGAGUGGUGCAUCUCCGUCAACAGCGCCUCCGACAUCUUCAUCAACGCCAGCAACCCGUCGCCAAGCAAUAAGGAUGUGAUCUGGAACACGACAAUGAAUACCUUGAAUGCGGGCCUCGAAAAAACCUCCAAGUCUCAAGAGCUCCUCAAUAAUGUCCAAAACAAAACCGCUGAGCUCAAGAAUCUGUUCCAUUCCAUUUUGUUUGAUGUCACCAGUGAUUUCGGUCCGGAUUCAUUUUAUGGCUUACAGAUGAUCGUCGGUCAGAUUCUUAAACGGGAUUUUUGGUGGUUUAAUGAUAAGCGUGAAGAGGCUAUUCGCGACUACUUCUCGGCUCUGAUGAACAAGCUCGAGGACGCCUACGAGUUAGUGAAAGACAUCGACGUUGCCCUGAAGGAGGACAAUGCCAAGUUCAACAAGUUCCACCAAGUAACUGAAGGCGUCAAUGCUAACAAACAACUAUUUUUGUCGGAUGCUGUGUACCUGCGAGCCACUUUCAUUCCAGACAUCAGGAAACUGAAGGAUGAGUGCACCAAUUACGUGAACUGACACGGAUACUAUUUAUCAGCAGAGUUUAAGGAUCAAAAAAGAUAUUUUAGCCGAGCAGCUCCUAAAAAUUCGAAUCAAAUUCUUAAAAUUCUGGUUAAAAGAUUUGAGAGAAGAUUUUUCCCAUUUCAUUGGAAGUGUGAUUUGUUUACCCCCUUCUUUAAUUAGGAAAUUAUUAUGUAAUCUAUUUCCUUUAUUUUCAAAUAAAAGCUCACCUUUUUUACAAGCCUCUUAAA